AUGGCAACCCACGACGAAGGACAGAAAUGUAUUUUCGGAACACGAAAGUUCAUUGUAUUCUGUGUCCUAAGAGCUGAUGCUUCCCAAGAUGUUACCCAAGAGUUGAGAGUUAGUGCCAUGUUCACUCACCAUCAGAAGACUGUAAUUGUGGAUAGCGCAAUACCCAUUCAACGAAGAGGCAAAUUGUGA